AUGAUUUGUGGACAGGUGGCGGCACCGUCGGCGUCUCCAGCCUUUGUAGAUGCCGCCACGCGUCUUACAGCAGAGCUGUAUUAUGUUCGAGACGGUCAGAUCAAUUCCUACGCACUGAAUUUCAUCGUGCCCGUACCAGCUACGAUUGGAGAGUUGCAUUUCACGUGGCAAAGUCUUACGAGAAGACCGUUGCCGUACACUCUACGCGUAGAUGUUGUUUCCCAUCCUGAGGCCUUACAUCCACCCACCUUCAGCAUUCCGAGUACAGGUUUCGUACCAACGGAACCUCAGACUUGGCAGGUCGAUCUGCCUUGCACUCACACCGUCGCCGCUGAAGUUGAUGUCACUAUAUCUUUAAAUAUCUCCACUGGUUCUUCAUCCACCGCGUUGCACUUCAGAAGACGUAAAAUAUGCCUAAAAGAUGUUCCUCGACCAGCUGUGAGAGUCGAUAACGCACCCCACGCGCCAACUUCAGCGGAUAUAUUUUACGCGGGAGCUGGUUGUGCUGGCGGAGCCUUGCUGAUAGCGGCAGUGGCCGCAGCCGCUUGCAGAGCUCGAGCGAGGAAGCUCCGAAGAGCUAGGAGUGAUGAACAAGACGCUCAUGCCUUUUUACCAGACUCGUCUUGCAAGUCUGCCGCCAGUUAUACCAGCUACCGCCGUCCUGCGUCGUUGCCGGCUGCAGCUGCGGAAGAAAGAGCGAGAGAUCUUCAGCAAAGAAUCGCGGAAUUAACAAUACAGAGAUGUCGCGUCAGGUUACGAUCUGUCGCAAUGGAAGGCACGUUCGGCCGUGUCUACAGAGGAACGUACGCUGAUGAAGACGGCAGAGAACAAGAAGUAUUGGUCAAAACUGUAGCCGAACAUGCAUCACAAGUGCAGGUGUCGCUUCUCUUGCAAGAGGGCUGCAUGCUUUAUGGGCUUCACCACGAUAGGGUGCUCUCCGUGCUUGGUGUGAGCAUCGAGGACCAGACGGCUCCAUUCCUGCUGUACCCCUGGGGCUCCGGCUGGAAGAACCUGAAGCAGUUCCUUCUGGCGUGCCGAGGCGUCGCAAUAGGAGGCGCGGCCAGUGGAGCUCCGCCCCCCGCGUUAACCACGCAGCACGUGGUCAGAAUGGCGCUCCACGCCUUGGAUGGACUCUCGUAUCUUCAUUCGCAACACGUCUUGCAUAAGGAUAUCGCUGCGAGGAAUUGCGUAGUCGACGAGAACCUGCGUGUAAUGAUAGCAGACAACGCGUUAUCCCGGGACUUGUUCCCCGCGGACUACCACUGCCUCGGCGAUAACGAGAACCGGCCCAUCAAGUGGCUGGCGCUAGAAGCAUUGUCCAAAAAGCAGUUCAGCCCAGCGUCUGAUGUAUGGGCGUUAGGCGUGUUGCUAUGGGAACUGACCACGCUCGCACACCAGCCGUACGCUGAGGUGGAUCCUUUCGAAGUGGCCGCCUAUUUGCGGGAUGGAUAUCGGUUGCAGCAGCCCGCGAAUUGUCCUGAUGAAUUGUUCGCGGUAAUGGCGUACUGUUGGGCGAUGUCGCCCGACGACCGGCCCACUCUACCGCAGCUGCAGAUCUUCCUCAGAGACUUCCACGCUCAGCUGACGAGAUUCGUGUAAACCAAAGACCUAGUGUUGUGUUACCAACCGUGAAACGUGCCUAUCUUCGGCCCCAAGAGACUGAUAUGUAGCUAUAGGUGUAUAUUGUAUCGUCGUUUCUUAUAUUUGCUUUUGUUCUUGUUACUGAAAAAUUUAUUGGAAAUUGUGUUCGAUUCGUUGUAUUGAAAGAUCUAUAUAUUCAUUGAUUGUUGACUUUAACGUUGAGAGGGAUAAUGCCUGGCUAAUUAAGGAAUGGUUCUUUUGAGUAUUCUUCAGAAGAAUCCAUAGAAUUUAAAGUAUACAGAUGAUAAUAAUGGCCUUGAUUACAUGUAAUUUGCGUAUAGAUUAUGUCCAUCUCCCUUAUACGAGUCAUAAAAUACAGUAUUCCUCUCUCAGCGCUAAAGUGUAAAAUGUAUCGUUAUAAUUUUUCAUAGAAUUCUCUAAAACACAAGAAGAUGACACGCUCCAUAAAUUAAAUAAGUCGUUUUAUAUGUUUCAGUUAAUAGGAUUAUUUUUUUUAAUUUAUGUAUUGUGUCGUGUCUUUGAAACCUCUGAAGAACAUGUAAAAUUUCUAUAAACCCAAAAUAGCAGUUGAAAAUAACAAAAAUAAUAAUUAUUCAAAGAUAAAAUGGAACUACAUUGAACAUAUUUUCACAAUGUUGGCAGCUAGCCACAAUGUUUUAGUAAAAUUAGUUUUCAGAAGAAAGCAAAAAUUUGAGACGACAUCGGUCUAUUAUGAAACCUCAUACUGCCAUAUUAGAGUUAUUAUUGUUGUAAAUAUAGUAGUAUUGUAAUUUGUAAUACGUAUAUCGAUGUGCCUCAGUUAAAUACAAAUUAUGAUUGUUGUAUAGAAAGAAAUGCUUGAUAGUAUGAAACAUAUAGUAUGGACGAAAAUGUAAAUAGAUUUGUAGAUUAUUUCAGUUCAUUUAGAGGCAACUAUAGUGCCAAAUUCUAAUUUAAUCGCGUGCCAAUAAGAAACAGUAUUUUUUGUUUAUUAAAUCAUUGAUCCAGAACAAGAUUGUUUUGAAAUAAAACUUUUGUUUUAUUGCACUUUUCGAUUAAGAUUUUUUUUAUUGAUGAAAAUUAAAAGACAUUUAGUUUUACGGUUAUCAAAGAUAUAUAUUGUUGUUUGACUGAACUUUGACUAAUUAAAAGUAUAUCAUAAUAUCUAAUCGGAUUCAGUACAUAUUACGAUGUUUUUGAAGCAUGACUAAUAUCUAUUAGAGAAAAGGAUUUUGAAACGCAAAAAGUUUCAAUAUUUUAAAAGGCAUUUUUAUAAUUUUGCAAUUCAUGAAACGUUACACAAAUAUUUUUGUUUAUUUUGAUAAUUGCUGUUUUCCUAAAA